CUUGCUCUAUCUCUCACAUGCCUAAGGUGUGACUAAAGUUGAAUUUGUAAUAAAGACUGAUACGAAAAGUUACACACAAAUCAGUUGGUGGGGGUUGAGCUGAUGGAAAAACACUUCUUCUUAAGCAUAUUCACAUGUCCAACUCAUACACACCCCUUCUCCUUCUCCUUAUAAGUCUUUCAUUUCAUCAUUUUCCAUUUAAACAAAGUUUUACUUCUACACAAACACAAACUCUCUUUCUCUCUUUUUCUCUCUCUCUUUCCAACUCUUUCUUUCUUUCUUUCUUUUUAUGAUCUCUCAAAUGGAUUUGCUAAUGCUACUGUAUGGAUUCUUGAUCUUGUACUCCCUCUUCCUGCUUUUUAAGCGGGCUGGUGGGAGAAGAGAUCAAGAAUGUUACAUUCUAGACUAUGAGUGUUACAAACCAACUGAUGACAGAAAGCUUGACACUAAUUUCUGCGGAGAGCUUAUUACGAGGAACAAGAAUCUCGGUCUUAAUGAGUAUAAGUUUCUCUUGAAAGCAAUUGUAAGCUCUGGCAUUGGAGAACAAACCUACGCUCCAAGAAUGGUUUUCGACGGCCGAGAAGAAAACCCUACUUUUGAAGAUGGGAUCUUGGAGAUGGAAGAAUUCUUUCAUGAUAGCAUCGAAAAACUUCUGUCCAGGUCAGGCAUAUCUCCUCAAGAAAUUGAUGUGCUUAUAGUAAAUGUAUCAAUGUUAUCUGUAGCACCUUCUUUGUCCUCUAGAAUCAUAAAUCGCUACAAAAUGAGAGAGGAUAUCAGGUCUUUCAAUCUUACUGGGAUGGGGUGUAGUGCUAGUCUUAUAUCUGUCAAUAUUGCACAGAACAUUUUCAAGUCUCACAAGAAUGUUUGCGCACUUGUUGUGACAUCAGAGUCUCUGACUCCAAAUUGGUAUUCAGGCAAUGAUAGAUCAAUGAUUCUUGCAAAUUGUUUGUUUCGCUCUGGUGGGUGUGCGAUGCUUUUAACUAAUAAAAGAGCACUAGAGCACAAAGCUAUGUUCAAACUGAAGUGUUUAGUAAGAACACAUCAUGGAGGUAGAGAUGAGUCUUAUGAAUGUUGCCUCCAAAAAGAAGAUGAUCAAGGAAGGCCAGGUUUUCAUCUGGGGAAGUCACUCCCAAAGGCAGCGACAAGAGCUUUUGUCGACAACCUGAGGGAGAUUUCCCCAAAGAUCUUGCCAAUAAGGGAACUGCUUAGAUUCUCAAUCAUGACAUUCAUAAGAAAAUGGAGCCAAAGCCGAAAUUCAGGCAAAGGAGGAGGAGCAACAACACCAGCGCCUAGGCCAGUGAUUAAUAUGAGGACAGGAGUUGAUCAUUUCUGUAUCCAUACGGGUGGAAAAGCAGUAAUAGAUGGAAUUGGGGUGAAUCUUGAUUUGUCUGAGUAUGACUUGGAGCCAGCAAGAAUGACUCUACAUAGAUUUGGCAAUACAUCUGCAAGUAGUCUUUGGUAUGUGUUGGCAUACAUGGAAGCCAAGAAAAGGUUAAAAAAAGGUGAUAGGAUAUUGAUGAUAAGCUUUGGUGCAGGGUUUAAAUGCAACAGCUGUGUGUGGGAAGUUGUUAGAGACUUAGAAAAUAGUAAUGUGUGGAAGGAUUGCAUUGAUAGCUACCCACCAAAAACCUUGGCUAACCCAUUCAUGGAGAAGUAUGGUUGGAUAUAUAAUGAAGAUGAAAGCACCUUUGUUCUUCCUCAGUUUGAGAAAAAUUAAAACAACAAAAGAACUACAAUUGCUUCUUCAGCAAAAAGGAUUUUUAGUUAUUAUUAUUAAAAGGGUCUUUCUUUCUUUCUUUUUUUUUCUUUUGCCAAUGUUUAGUUAUCUCUUUCUCAUCCAUAGUUACCUUUUUGUUUUUCUUAGUUAUUAGAUAUUUCAAUUUUAAUUUGUAAACUAUUUUAAGUUGUUAUUUUUAUUAAUCAUUGUUAUUUCCCACUUUGUGUGGAUUUCAUAACCCAAUAAGAUGUGCUGCUUCCAGAAUGAGGAGAAGUUUGCUAUCCUAUUGGAGGGCUGUAAUUUUAAUUUUUCCCAUUUUUUCUUUUACAGAUUGAUAAUGUGGUACUGUGUUAUGGUUCUGAA